AUGUCCCGACUACACCUCGGAUGGGUAGCCUUCCUGUGGACACUUCUCCCCUCAUUUUCCAACGCUGGGCAAGAUGUCGAGGGGAACAAGAUCCUCCGCCUGGGCGACGCCGUACCCAUCGACAGCCCCGGAACCUACUAUACCGACCUCCACCCCUGCCCUGCAGCAUGCGGCUACAACAAGCCCGAUAGCUGGACGGUCUACUCUGCCGUCGAGCGGCUAACACACUGCCCGGAGACAAUGCUCUUCGACCUCGCAAUCAAGACUCCGGUCGAUGCAUCAGACGCCUUCGUCAAGAUCCGCGCGUGCACUGCGGGACUGCCGGACAAUGCGAAUACCACCGCCAAUGCCCUGUAUCUGGCAAUCGCGGAAGACGAACACGGGCUGACUACAAAGAGAAAGCGUAAUGUGGGUGAGUGUCUGUCGGACUCUGCGGAUGAGGUAAAACUGUCGGUGCAGUUUGGACAACAAGGCGGACGGACGAGUCAGGUUGACACCGCCGUUGCGGCUCUCGAGCACCUUGAGCGGUUCAUGGGGGAUGAUUCGAACUGUGAUACGCCAGUGCUUCUGGCCUACACCAACGGUACCGUUGCCGGUAUGUACCUCGGCCCUGGCUUUGGAAGGGACACGGCCACCUCCGUGCUCGGGCGCCUCCAAAAGCAGGUCCGAGAGAAUGGAGUGGCUGAGACGACCCUGGUGCAGCUUUGCGGGGUGAAUCGCAAUGCACACCAUGUCCUCGGGGUCGCUGUUGAAACCACCGCGAACGUCGCGGCAGUGCAGAAGUUCUUGAGCACGUGGUCGAAUGCUGAAUGUGUGGCCGAUCUUGAUGAGAUGACCGAGUGGGACAAUAUCUCGCUCUCAGAGCUCGAUCAAGGCCUCGGGCGGAGUUCGCGUUCCAGCAGUGAGAGGUGGGCACCAUCUGAGGCUGACCGGACCCCUCUGCAGCCUCGAGCAGAAUGCACGGUGGAAAAGGCCAUCGCCGGUGACAACUGUGAUACGCUCGCCGCUCGGUGCGGGAUCACCAAGCCCGAUCUCAUCAAGUAUAAUGGUAGCGCAGAUCUCUGCCUGCCAGGGCGGAUACUGGCCGGUCAGCGGUUGUGCUGCAACCGUGGGACACUGCCUGAUAUCCGGCCCAAGCCGAACGAGGACGGGUCCUGCUUCUCGUACACAGUGCAGCCGGGCGAUGACUGCACGACGCUGGCGCUUACCUACGGCCUCACGAACACGGUUCUCGAGCGGUUCAACAACAAGACUACCUGGGGGUGGAACGGAUGCCGGAACCUCAACCACGGAAUCAAUAUUUGUCUGAGCAACGGCGAUCCGCCCAUGCCGGCCCCGGUGGCCAAUGCAGUCUGCGGACCAACCAAGGUAGGCACUGAGCGUCCUACCGACGGGACACCGCUCCAAGACUUGAACCCCUGCCCCCUGAAUGUAUGCUGCAACAUCUGGGGCCAGUGCGGUAUCAACGAACAAUUCUGCAUUGAGAAGCGAGGGCCCGCCGAGAACCCAGGCACCUCGCCCGCCAACACCAACGGCUGCAUCUCGAGCUGCGGUGUCGACAUUCACAAUACCGACGGCGACAUUGUCGUUCCCUACGGGCGCGUCGGCUACUACGAGAGCUGGAACUUCAACCGCAAGUGUCUGUGGCUGCGCGCGGCGAACGCAAACACCAAUCUGGCCUACACACAUAUUCACUGGGCGUUUGUAGAGGUCGACCCGUCGGACUGGACCGUGAAGAUUGCUGAUCCGUACAAUCAAUGGGAAGACUUCAAGGCACUGGACGAUGUGCGGAGGAUUGUCUCCUUUGGAGGCUGGGGCUAUUCGACCGAGCCGGAGACGUACGAUAUACUUCGUCAGGCGAUGAGUCCGCCGAAUCGCAAGGCCUUUGCGACAAACGUUGCUGCGUUCGUCACAGAGCAUGAACUAGACGGUGUAGACUUUGACUGGGAAUAUCCAGGGGCCGUGGAUAUACCUGGAACCCCACCGGGCCUUGAAACGGAUGGUCCGAACUACUACAAAUUUUUAAUCGUGAUGCGCGGGCAGCUGGCCGAGGGAAUCUCUUUAUCAAUUGCUGCGCCGGCUUCGUACUGGUAUCUCAAGGCCUUCCCUAUUGACCUGAUGGCUAAGGAGCUGGAUUAUAUUGUGUUCAUGACCUAUGAUCUUCAUGUCAAUCUUACUGAGACAACCUACGCUCUGUCCAUGAGGGAGUCCAGCUACGGGCGGUCGUUCCUAAUGAGUGAGGAAGGAUGCACGGGGCCUGACUGCUUCUUCGAAGGGGACCGGCUCAACUCUCCAGCAGCCAAGGGCGUCUGUACAGACACCGGGGGCUACAUCUCCAAUGCCGAGAUUGACCAGAUUGCGUUCCUCGGCGACAAUGUGCAAACCUGGCACGAUGGGGCCUCGAACUCGGAUAUCAUGUCGUAUACGGAUGACGAGUACUACGACUACAAAACGGGAGAGGGGGGCGAGGAUCUUCUACCCCCGUUGCCCGAUGACCCAGAAUGCACUGCCACAUAUGAUGGUUUAGAAGGCAUCGAAAAGGACUUUGGUCGCAUCCAUGAGCUCUGCAUCGGUCAAUAUAUCCUCGAAGCCCUCCAGAAGAACUUCACCGCGUCGCUAACCGCGUACGACGCGUUGAUGGAAGAUGGCUACGACGGCAAGUUCAAAGCCUACGCCAAAGCCGUGGUCUCCGCGUCCAACAAGGUCGUCGAGGACUUUAUGUACAAGAACGGCGAGAACUACUUUAGCUGCAUUGUCACGGAGACGAUCGAGUGCUGUGAGUUGUGCGAGGACUCCUAUGCCACCAACCACCCAGAGAUCAACUGCCGGUACUGCGAGGAGUACGAUUGCGUGCCAGAGGGUAACUGCGACAACCCCGAGGUUCACUGCGAUCCCCCCGAGUACCGGUACCGGAACAUGACGCAACCGUGCCCGCCGGACUAUUCGAUGCGCGGGCAGUCGCCGCCGUCCGACGGGCGGUAUACGCAGUCUGUGUACUGGACACUCGAGGACCCCGACGCGUUCUGGGCAGACCUCUUCACUGAGACGGGCGUGGCGCAAGAGGAUAUCAAGUGGAAGGACGUGAACCAUUUCCCCUGCUACCCAACCGAAAAGCACUGCGCGGACAGGCAAUGGGACUACAACUUCCCGGUUCCGACCGAAUACGACGCCGAAGAUGUGAUCAACCCCAAGGACGUCGUCUCCGAAGCGUACGAUAAGCUCAAAGCCCUAGGGCCGGAACUCACAGACCUAAUCGACGCCGUUUCCAUGCCCGUGCUCAUGGUCUCCGACGCAAUCGAAAACAUGCAGUCCAUUGUCGAGAUCGCCGAGGAGAUUGAAGAGGCAAAGGCCAAGUCUAUCUUGUUCGCCUUCCUCAGCGCCAUCUUCUUCUUUGUCCCCGUCGUGGGCGAGGUCAUGGGCGCCGUCAGCUCCCUCGCGAAUAUCGGCCGCAUUGUCUCGCUCCUGGGUGCCGCGGGCAAUGUGGCCCUCGACGUCUAUACAAUCCUCGACGAUCCUGAAAAUGCUCCUCUGGCUAUCUUUAGCUUAAUCCUGACGCCGCUGGCGCUUAUGGAUGUUGUCAAGGUUGGCCAGGCUGCCAAAGCGCGCAGAGGGAUGCCCGCCGCGGAUGUUGCAAAAUUGGGCGAUAGGCUUUCUGGGAGGUUGAAUCUUAUUUCGAAGCUCAAGGAUAGGUGUACAAUCUAG